GCUACCCCGGGAGGAGAUAGGGGUUUUCACAUAGUGUAUUUCUCACGAGCAGAACUUGCGAAAAUUUUCUAAUAUUUCGAAACUCCCGGGAAAAAAGUGCCCGCAAUCUUCAAAUCUAGACCUUGGCUUGUAAAUAGGGGGGAUGGACUGGCACGCAGAGGACGCGUCUUGGUCUGACCGCGACUUUAGGACGUUUCGUUUCGAGCAACGCCGUACUGUAGUUCUCCGAAAAAUAAACCCUCAUCCAACGAUUGUAAUAAAGAAUGAGUUUCGAGACAAGCAAGAGUGGGAUGAUUGGUUCCAUGACCCACGACGCACCCCUUCCACGGAAAGUGAGCUUCAUAUAGUACUUUGCAGUAGGGCUUCGCCUAUCUUCGUGGAAAAAGAUGCACCAGUUUCAUACCUCUCGAUCACGAGGGACACAUGGGAAAGACUUACGAGAGCGUUCCACGUCCAUCGAGAGAUAAAGCGAGUGAUAGCCAGAAAGGUUGAUUACUUCACAUCGCACUACGAGGAGGAGAGGGCGGGUCAAUGGAAGAUAUAUUUUAUUGCUCGAAUGUCAGCACGUCUCCCCAAAGACCUAGCGUUAUCUCUAACUUACGUUCCGAGCACGGAUACGACGUUCGCUGUCAUAUAUGGAUGCAACGACGAUCAAAUGGAUGGUAUUGAAGAGCGCGUCAGAGAAGCAGGAGACAAGACCAAGUACCCAUUACUAUUAAUAGGACUCCUUAUCGAACUUGAGCGGAAAAGGCUAUUAGCUGAGGCCGAGCAACUCGUCGACGACUUUACUCUACGAUCCGAUUAUAUUGACGACCCAAACAAGAUAGCUGCGGACAUUAGCAAUGAAAAAACCCAGGAAUAUGUUCAGCUAUGCUUUAAGAGCAGGUCCCUCAUGCAUCAUAUUAAAGCCGUCAAACGUCAACUCUCUAAGCUUCUAGCGGAGAUUGAUAAGUUCCCAGGUGAAGCUAUAACGACGCAUUGCUUCAAUAAACAUGGAAACUUUAUGAAGAAGAGGGUACAAGAUAUCAUCAAUGAGUACGACGCCACGAUAGACGAGUGCAAGAUGAUCGUGGAAGAUACGACUCUUGCUACGCAGGUAGCGUAUAAUCAGAUAGCCAAGCUAGAUUCGGAUGCCAACAAGAGCAUGGCAUUCACAAAUACGUUGAUCGCACAACGAGCGAAGCAGGAGGGCACACAGAUGAGAUACAUAGCACUACUGACGAUGAUCUACCUACCCUUCUCUAGCGUGGUAGCGAUAUCCUCAAUGAACAUGUUCGACUGGAAUCCCCAGCCUGGAGGAUCAGUCGUCUCUAAGAACACCUGGGUGUUCGCAGCGUUCACGAUAGGACUUACUGUCGUUACUUUCCUCGCACGGUACCAUAUGACCUCGCGAUACAAUGAGACAUCGGAAACGGAUGUUACAUGGAAGCAGGGGAAGUUGGCUAAAGCGCCGCGACACAUAAAGAUAUGAUGGUGCGGCGACAUGACGAAGAGUUACGUGGAAUUGCUCAGAGUAGAACUGUAUCUAAAUACGCCUAGUUUCAAUAAGAGGAGUAAACAAACCUACGAGAUCC